AUGUUGUUAUUGCGAAAAUUACGUACUAGUUUGUUAUCUGUGAUCCCUAAAGUUAUCCACAGACUUGGUAAUUACCGUCCCGGUUACUACUGUACCAAGCCAAGCUCAUUUAUUCAACAGAAAUCUACUAGUAAUGAUGUAGAUGAAAAUACCAUUUUCGAAGUCUAUGAUGAACAUUGGGAAGUAAAUCCAUUUGUUCAACAGGUUCAUAUAUCUCCAGAAACGAUACCUGAAGAAAACUUAUCUUGUAUACGCAUGAAAAGUCUUUUUAAUAUACCAGAAUUAGUAGAAGUAUUAAAACAUGAAAAUAUCCGAGACAUUGUUUGCCUAAAUAUGGAUCGUAGCUUCUUAGCUCCCUACAUAGUUAUUGGAAAUGGCAUAUCUAAAAGACACAUCCAGAACACGGCUGUUCAUAUACACAAACUGCUAAAAUAUAAAUUAAGAAAUACCGAUAUACCAAUUCCACUGUUACGUGGGAUUGAUGGGUCGUGCGAAUGGAUAGCCGUUGAUAUGGAUACAACUUUCCUUCAUUUAUUUUUACCUUCUACAAGACUAAAAUACGAUUUAGAAUCUCUCUGGUGCGCUGGUCCACAAUAUGAUGAUCAACUUAGUCAGAAAAACACGACUGAAUUACCGAAUAGAAAUUUCGAUUGGGAACAAUUAUUGUCGGAAAUCCAACAAGCCAAACAAUUUUAG